CUCUUAAAAAACAAAAACAAAAAAACAAAGAAGAAGAAGAAGAGGAGAAGGAUUGGGUGGCGAUGGACGCUGGCCUUCGAGCCCUUAUCGAAGCCAUCCACUCCACCCCCGCUCAGGCCGUUCUCUUCCUCUCGGGCGGCGCUUCCCAGGCUCUUGGGUGGAUCUUGUCGGUGCCCGGCGCCUCUAGCACCGUGCUUGAAGUUGUCGUCCCUUAUUCCAAGACCUCCAUGGCUCAAUUGCUCGGCAAGAUGCCUGCUAAAUUUACCAGUCAACAGACUGCAGAGGAAAUGGCUCUUUUGGCCUUUAAUCGCGCCUUGAAACUUUGUAGACCAGGCUCACGAGUUAUAGGAGUAGGUUUCACUGGAUCUUUGGCCAGCUUGCAUCCCAAACGUGGAGAUCAUAGAUUUUGUUUGUCAACAAGAACUUGUGACCGACUUUGGGUUUCCAAUGUUACAUUGUCAAAGGGUUUACGAUCUCGUGAAGAAGAAGAUAAGGUUUCGAGCCAUCUCUUGGUAAAGGCAAUUGCAGAUGCAUGCAAAGUUUCAGCUGGUCCACAUUCAGGAUUAAAUGAAUUCGAAACGCCUGUUGAGUGUGAAACCCAUUUUGAUGAGGAUCAAGAGCUACAGCAACUUAUUGAUGGAGAAAUAUGCAUGAAAGUCUAUCAUUUUUCUGACAAUCAUACAUCAAAUUCUGAGACAAAAGUUAUACUGUCUGGCUCCUUUAAUCCUUUGCAUGAUGGUCAUUGCAAGCUUUUGGAGGUUGCCACAAGCCUUUUUGGUGAUGCAUUGCCCUGCUUUGAAAUUACAGCAAUUAAUGCAGACAAACCACCACUGUCAAUAUCUGAAAUCAAAGAACGAGUCAAGCAAUUUGAAAAGAUAGGGAAAACUGUGAUCAUCUCAAAUCAGCCCUAUUUUUACAAGAAAGCAGAACUUUUUCCAGGAAGUGCCUUUGUUAUUGGAGCAGACACUGCAGCAAGACUUAUCAAUCCAAAAUAUUAUGGCGGGGACUAUGAUAGAAUGGUUGAAACACUGCUCGGAUGCAAACGGUCAGGCUGUACAUUCCUUGUAGGAGGCCGAAACAUAGAUGGGGUUUUCAAGGUUCUUGAGGAUUUUGAUAUCCCCCAAGAGUUAAAAGACAUGUUCAUUUCCAUACCAGAGGACAGGUUUCGCAUAGAUAUAUCAUCAACAGAGAUACGUAAAAGCAGAGCUUCAUCAACCUUUGUGCCAUCAUAAUAACAAAACCUUAAACCUAUCUUUGUGCAAGAUAUGAUGAUGAUUACUAAAUUAUUAAUUUUAGCAAGUUACUUGAUUAUUAGUCCGUCCUAAUAACAUGUUCUACAUGUCAUUCAUGAAUUUUUAUUGACGUAAAUGUUCCUAUA